ACAACGUCAUUUAAUUAACUAACUAACCAGACUAAUCGUGGCAAUGGCAUAUGCGCAGGCUGCGGCAGCAUCAGCGCGCGGGGGCGCCAGAGGAUGGCGCCGCGCCACCGCCCAUCAGUCCCGACUGGCGUCGUUCCGCGCGCAGCUCUACUUCAAGGAGCAGCACGGUGACCCGCCCGUGGCGUCGUCGACGCAGCUGCCGGCGGUGCAGACCGGCAGCGACAGGUGGGCGCACCCUCUAAUGAAGCCCGAGAAGGGGUGCCUCUUGAUCGCCACGGAGAAGCUGGACGGCUCGCACAUCUUCGAGCGCACGGUGAUCUUGCUGCUGUCGUCGCUGGGCCCCGACGGCGUGAUCCUGAACCGCCCCUCGCUCAUGUCGAUCAAGGAGGCGUCAGGGUCCAUCUGCGCGGACGACGCCGACAUCGCGUGCGCCUUCGCGGGCCGGCCGCUCUUCUUCGGUGGGAAGGCAGACUGAUCGUGGCUGGCUGUGUCUACGGUGUGGCGGCGAUGGCGGGAGGCAGAGCGACGACGGCUGUGG